AUGCAAGAGACAACGAUGAUGAUGCCAAAACCUGUGCAAAUUACUCAGAGAAGCGAGGAUGAGAUCAGUAGAGCCUCUGUUGCUCAGCACCUCGAGCAGCCGCCACUUUCGCCACAAAGAGCUCACAACGCUUUCUACAGACCAUUUGUGGCUGAUGACGUGGACGACAGAGAUAUGCCUGCACCACUUCGUGGAUCUAUUUCAUAUCAUUCGGUGAAUGAGCUCACACACAGCCAAUUCGGAACAAUCAAGACUAUCGAGAAACCAAAAGAUCGCAGCUCGGAGCGUAUGUACAAAAGACCAGGAUUCGACAAUGUUCCAUCUUACUAA